CAACUCUGAAAAGCGCCCUUCUCUCAGGCCCACCACAUCCGCCACCUCCUCACUAUCCAUUUUUAGGGUUUUCAAAUUCCAAGCGCCAAAUCCCCAAUUCCCAUCACCUUCCCCCCCUUUUGCAUGACUCCGAUCUGCAAUCCGACCUCCAUUGCCGAUCGACUGCUCCUCCGCCAAUGUCGGCGCCCAAACCCUCUCCAUCCGCCUCCGGAUCCGACCUUCAUAUAGCUGAGCACCAAGAAAAUGGCUCAUCAACACUGGAGAUAAUAUCUGUUAUUGACUCUUUAAAGGCAAAAGUUGCUUCCGACCGCUGUGCCUAUAUAAAGAAACGGAUUGAAGAAAAUGCUGAGAAAGUGCUUGAUGUCACAAAAAAUCUAUACAAGUUAUCAAUGGAAAGAAGAAAUUUUAAGAUUAUUUGUGGUGAUGGAGGUGUAGAUUUGCUAGCAAAGAGACAGAAAGAUGCGAUUGAUAUGCAUAAUGGUAUUGGCACAAGCAAUGGAGAUAAUGAAAGUAGUAGCUCCCAAGAAGAUGGAUAUGCCUCUUCAGCAAUUCUUUUAGGAUCCAGUAUUGCAGUCAAGAGUGCUGUCCGGCCCAUUAAGUUGCCGGAAGUGAAAAAGUUGCCACCAUAUACAACAUGGAUUUUUUUGGAUAGAAAUCAAAGGAUGACAGAAGACCAGUCUGUGGUUGGCAGAAGGCGUAUUUAUUAUGACCAGAGUGGUGGUGAAGCUCUAAUUUGUAGUGACAGUGAAGAAGAAGCGGUUGAUGAUGAAGAAGAAAAGAAAGAGUUUGUAGAAUCUGAAGAUUAUAUUUUGAGAAUGACCAUCAAACAGAUGGGAUUUUCUGAUACAACAUUGGAUGUGUUGGGCCAGUGUCUAUCUAGAAGAUCUGGUGAACUCAAGGCAAGAUUUGAAGAUCAUAUCAAGAAUAACACUACUAUGUCUCGUGUGAACAAUGGAAAUGCAGAAGGCUUUGUGAAUCCCUAUAUUGAUAAAGAUCUUGAUGCCGCUCUUGAUUCAUUUGAUAACCUAUUUUGCCGCCGUUGUCUAGUUUUUGAUUGUAGAUUACAUGGUUGUUCUCAGGACCUGAGCUUUCCUGUGGAGAAACAAGUACAAUGGAAUUGUCCAGAUGCUGAUAAGGAAGCAUGUGGUCCAGGCUGCCAUCGAUUGGUCCUUGAAUCGGAAGGGUUGAGCUCCAGGCAGGCAAAUCUUGAAGAAAAAGCUGCCCCUGCAUGUAAUGCUGCCUCUAUGCAAAUUCAAAAGAGGAAGCAAGGAGGCACACCUAUCAAGAAGAAAACAAAGUCUUGCCAGAGUGAAAGUGCUUCUUCAUCCGAGGUUAAACCUACUAAUGAUAUCACAAUGCCAGUGAAGAGUGCUGGAAAAUCUGGCAUUGAUAAAAGAAGUAGCAAGAGAAUAGCUGAAAAUGUUCUUGUUGCUAAAAAGAAAAGGCAAAAGAAAAUGGUAACAUCUGACUCUGAUCGUCGAGAAAGUGAAGAUAACAGUAAUCCACCAAAUGUCAAAUGUACAAGUUCUAGAAAGUCUAGAAGGAAGGAAUCUCCAUUGCUAGACUCUGACAGAUCUUUGCAGGAUGAGGCUGCUAGCGGUGCCUCAAAUGAGAGCGAGAGUAAUCAGCCUGUGACUAGCAGCGCUGAAACUUUAAAGAAAGAAGAGUUUAUUGAUGAAAAUAUGCAUAAUCAAGAUUUAGUUGACAGCAAAAGUUGGAAACCAUUUGAAAAAGCACUUUAUGAAAAGGGCAUUCAGAUAUUUGGCCGCAACAGCUGUUUGAUUGCUAGGAAUCUCAUGAGUGGCUUGAAGAGCUGUUCAGAGAUCUUCAAAUACAUGCAUCGUUCUGAGAACAGGAUAAUCACUCGAGAUGGUGAUGGUAUGGUCCUUUCUGAUGGCUGUCUAAAAGCUGACGGUACUGAGACUGUGGGCGGUGGUGCACGGAGAAGAUCAAGAUUUUUACGCAGAAAAGGAAGAGUUCGUCGCCUAAAGUACACAUGGAAAUCUGCAGGAUACCAAUCCUUCAGAAAGCGGAUUUCUGAAAGGAAGGACCAGCCUUGUCGACAGUAUAGUCCAUGUGGAUGCCAAACUGCAUGUGGGAAAACAUGUCCAUGUCUUGUAAAUGGUACCUGCUGUGAGAAAUACUGCGGAUGUCCAAAGAGUUGCAAAAAUCGAUUCAGAGGAUGUCACUGUGCCAAAAGCCAGUGUAGAAGUCGUCAAUGCCCAUGCUUUGCUGCUGAUAGGGAAUGUGAUCCAGAUGUCUGCCGAAAUUGCUGGAUAGGUUGCGGUGAUGGCACCCUUGGGAUACCUCCUCAAAGAGGUGAUAAUUACGAGUGCAGGAAUAUGAAGCUUCUUUUGAAACAACAGCAGAGGGUUUUGCUGGGAAGAUCUGAUGUAUCUGGCUGGGGAGCUUUCUUGAAGAAUAGUGUUAGCAAGCAUGAAUACCUCGGAGAGUAUACUGGCGAACUAAUUUCACAUCGCGAAGCUGACAAGCGUGGGAAGAUAUAUGACCGAGAGAACUCUUCAUUUCUGUUUAAUCUGAAUGAUCAGUUUGUGCUUGAUGCUUAUCGCAAGGGCGACAAGCUGAAGUUCGCCAACCAUUCCCCAGAUCCAAAUUGCUAUGCUAAGGUGAUAAUGGUGGCCGGAGAUCACAGAGUGGGUAUAUUUGCGAAGGAACGGAUUAACGCUGGAGAAGAAAUCUUUUAUGAUUAUAGGUACGAGGCGGACAGAGCUCCAGCCUGGGCUAAAAAGCCGGAGGCGUCCGGGAGCAAGAGGGAAGACUGCGGACCUUCAAGUGGGCGUGCGAAAAAGCACACGUAAGCGUCGGAAGAUAGAUUUUUGCGACAACUUGUGGUUGAAACUCUAAUCAUUAGUUGCUGGAGAUAAAAGGUUAAUCUCCAGAGUAACCUAAACCGAUUCUUUUUGGUGGUGACUGUUGAGUGAGCUGAGAAUACUCAUCCUCAUCAAAGCGGGAAAGAAUACAAGCGUAGUCCAUGUUUUCCUUUUUUUUUGAAUAUAUUUAUAUAUAUUCUUAUGUAAAAUGCAUCACUUGCUACGAUUCAUUUAGCAAAAUGGUGUACAUUUCAUUCACAUUUUACUCAAAACAAUUCUUCAUUUAGACUCCCAAA